AUGAGAUUGCAGUCAUGCUCUUCUCCAUCUAACGUGGAUGAGGUAAAAAAAAUUGGAGACUGGAUACUGAAGGAUGGUAAUGAGGAUGAUGGGAAACAAAACGAUGGUGAAACUUCGAUAGAGAUUCCCGAUGACGUGUUGAUUGAUUAUUUUCAAGGGAGAGCAAUUCUUGCACCAACUAAUGAAUGCGUCGAGUCUGUGAACGAUCACUUAAUGUCUCUCAUUCCAGGAGAGGAGAAGGUGUACCUGAGCUCAGAUAGUAUGUGUAGGGACGAGCAAAAAAUGGAGGAUAAUUCAGAAAUUUAUUCGACUGAAUUCCUCAACACAAUAAGAUGCUCCGGACUUCGUUCUCAUGCGUUGAAGUUCAAGGUUGGUGCACCCGUUAUUCUAAUAAGAAACAUCGAUCAAGCUAGAGGAUUGUGUAACGGGACCAGAUUUCAAAUUAUCAGAACUGGCAUUCACGUUCUGAGUUGCAAAAUUCUUUCCGGAAAAAAUAUCGGUGACAUGGUGUUCAUUCUUCGGAUGACUUUAAUACCAUCUAACUCCGGACUGUCAAUUAAAUUUCAGAGAAGACAGUUUCCGUUGAUUGUUUCUUUUGCAAUGACAAUCAAUAAAAGCCAAGGUCAAACUCUUUCGCAUGUUGGUUUGUAUCUUCCUAGGCAUGUCUUCAGCCAUGAUCAACUAUAUGUUGCACUAUCCAGCGUUACGAGCAGAGGUGGCAUUAAGAUAUUCAUCAAAUCGGAUUCGGGUGAACUCACCAAUGUUACUAGAAAUGUCGUGUACAAGGAAGUACUUCAUCGAAUUUGA